UCAAACCGCGUCACGUGGAAGACGGAACCUUCAACACCAUUGGCUAAGAACCGAAAACAUCGUAUUGUUAUCAAUGUUGUUUUGUGUAAUGGUUUAAAGGCGGGAUUAACAGUAGUUGCGAAGACCUAGACUUCAGUACGAUCAGAUUUUCAUAUAUUCAUAAGGAUUAGUGCGAAUAAUAACCAGAAGUUAUCUGAUAGAUCUUCUUUGCAACGUGUAAUAGGCAGGCGCUCCACCCCCACCUUGGCUCGCACAGACCUGCAGUUAGCUUCACGACGUUGGUUUUGUAAUCUGGUAAAUAAUUGGUUUGUUUCCGUACUGCUAGUAUUUAUCUGGCGAAUAAAACAAAUAAUCUGGAUAAAGUUUCUUGGAUCGGCGACGCGACUUCCCAAUGAGACUGAUCAUAUAAGCAUGAUUGACCAGAGAGAGAUUUGUCAGUGAAACUUUGAAGAUGGUUGAAAUAGGAUCAUCCAGCCUCUUGCAUCUCGGGGAUGUAGUGUCCCUGUAUGCUGAGGGCAAUGUCAGCGGCUUCCUCAGCACUUUGGGGCUGGUUGAUGAUAGGUGUGUGGUGUGUCCAGAAGCUGGGGACUUGGCAAGUCCACCAAAGAAAUUCAGAGAUUGUCUGUUUAAAAUAUGCCCUAUGAACAGAUACUCUGCUCAAAAGCAAUUUUGGAAAGCUGCCAAACAAAGCAUGGGAUCAAACACUGAUACUGGAUUACUUAAAAGGCUCCAUCAUGCGGCCGAGAUCGAGAAGAAGCAGAAUGAUAGCGAAAACAAGAAGUUGAUGGGAUCAAAUGUGCAAUACGGAAGUGUGGUUCAAUUACUCCAUCUGAAAUCUAAUAAGUAUUUGACGGUGAACAAACGUCUGCCGGCGUUGCUUGAGAAGAAUGCGAUGCGUGUAUAUUUGGAUGGUAAUGGAAAUGAAGGAUCCUGGUUCUACAUUCUACCAUUUUACAAGUUGAGAGCUAAUGGCGAUAACAUUGUGUUGGGUGACAAGGUCAUAUUGAAUCCGGUGAACGCUGGACAGCAGGUGUUGCACGUCGCCGCUAAUCACGAGCUCCCAGAUAAUCCAGGCUGCAAAGAGGUGAACGUGGUAAAUGGAAGUACUUCGUGGAAAGUUACGUUGUUCUUAGAGCAUAGAGAGAAUGCUGAAGAUGUGCUUAAAGGUGGUGACGUGGUGCGUCUUUUUCACGCCGAGCAGGAGAAGUUUCUUACCAUGGAUGAGUACAAGAAGACUCAUCAUGUGUUUUUGAGGACAACGGGUAGGACCAGUGCUACCGCUGCUACAAGUAGUAAAGCUCUAUGGGAAGUUGAGGUGGUACAGCAUGAUCCUUGUCGAGGAGGAGCCGGCCAUUGGAACUCCAUAUUUCGUUUUAAACACUUGGCUACUGGACAGUACUUGGCAGCUGACAUGGAUAGCGAUCAAACCAUGGACCAGAUGCGAACUAAGCUUAGAACUGAUUUAGGCUCAUCAGGAGAAUCAUGCGUAUAUCAUCUAGUACCAGUUGCGUUUUCCAACGAAAUAGCAUCCCUUUUCGAGUUAGAUCCAACUUCGUUAACUAGAGCCGAUUCCCUGGUACCGCAAUCCAGCUAUGUCCGAUUACAUCAUAUUUUCUCCAACACCUGGGUGCACUCCACAUCGAUCCCAAUAGACAAGGACGAAGAGAAACCCGUAAUGUCGAAGGUCGGUAGCGCCAUGAUGAAGGAGGACAAGGAAGCAUUUGCAUUGAUAUCUGUAACGCCGGUAGAAGUUCGUGACCUUGACUUUGCGAACGACGCCUGUAAGGUGUUGCUCGCUCUCUCUACUAAGUUAGAAAAUGGAACGAUAUCUCAUAACGAGCGUAGAGCCGUGACAACGCUACUCCAGGACAUUGUUUAUUUUGUAGCUGAAUUAGAAAAUGAGCAAAAUAAGACGGAAGCUUUAGAAUUGGUCGUUACGAAUCCAAAUCGCGACCGCCAGAAAUUACUGCGAGAACAGGCGAUCCUGAAGCAGCUGUUCAAGAUACUCCAGGGUCCAUUCAUGGAGAGCGACGGAAAACCACCGUUUCUUAAGAUCGAGGAGCUGAGCGACCAAAGACAUGCACCAUACAAAUAUAUCUUUAGAUUAUGUUAUAGAAUUCUCAGACUGAGUCAACAGGACUACAGGAAAAAUCAAGAAUACAUCGCGAAGCACUUCGGUUUUAUGCAAAAACAAAUUGGUUACGAUAUACUCGCGGAGGAUACAAUCACUGCUCUAUUACAUAAUAAUAGAAAACUAUUGGAGAAGCAUAUAACUGCCGCGGAAAUUGAAACUUUUGUUGGUUUGGUUAGGAAGAAUAUGCGCAAUUGGGAAUCGAGAUUCUUAGACUACCUUUCCGAUCUGUGUAUUUCCAAUAAGAAAGCCAUACCAGUUACGCAAGAAUUGAUUUGCAAGAGCGUACUUAGUGAUAAAAACUAUGACAUAUUGAUCGAGACGCGUAUGAUGAUUACUCCAAUAGAAGUUCAAGAAGUCAACGAUGAUCUAAAUUGUAUUACUGACAAUGACGAUGAGUUAGAGCCUCUAGUCACGUUUAUAGAAGAAAGACAAGUUUUAUUGCUAUGGAAUAAUCGACAGAAAUCAAAAUCUUUGAGUGAAUUAUGCAGAGAUGCAAAAAUGGGCGGGCGUGAUGACCAGGCGAUCUUGGACUAUUACCGGCAUCAACUGGAUUUGUUUUCGAACAUGUGUUUGAAUAGGCAGUACUUAGCGUUGAACAUACUAUCACCUCAACUUGAUAUUGAUUUGAUCUUGAAAUGUAUGGCAGAUGAAUCCGUUAGUUACGAUUUGCGGGCUUCUUUCUGUCGGCUGAUGCUGCAUUUACACGUCGACAGAGAUCCUCAGGAGCCAGUAACGCCGGUGAAAUAUGCGCGGCUUUGGUCUGAAAUUCCAUCAAAGAUGUCGAUUAAUGACUACGAUAGUAAUAAAACCCCGGACGAAAAUAAGGAAGCAGUUCAAAAGCGAUUCUGCUCGACGAUCGCUUUCGUUGAGGAUUACCUAUGUAAUGUUGUUGCAAAAAUGUGGUCGUUUGCCGAUCAAGAGCAAAACAAGUUGACUUUUGAGGUAGUAAAACUAGCACGAGAACUAAUUUACUUUGGGUUUUAUAGUUUUUCUGAUUUGCUAAGACUAACAAAAACAUUACUCAGCAUAUUGGACUGCGUUUCUGAGAACGAUUUUGUCGAUGGCCGAUUGCCAAUUGGAGAUGUCGACUCUGAAGAGUGCGUAUCCAAGGAGGAACGAGCGGAAGGAGGUGUACUUCGUUCUAUAGGUGAUAUGGGUGCUGUGAUGACUUCAUUCGCUCUAGGACCAGUGGGCAGGUCGGUGGUUUCACCGAAUUCAGGACAAAAAGUUGGCCUUAAAGAAUACCCGUUGGUCAUGGACACUAAAUUAAAAAUAAUCGAAAUAUUACAAUUUAUAUUAGACGUGCGGUUGGAUUAUAGAAUUAGUUGUCUUUUAAGUAUAUUCAAGCAGGAAUUCGAUGAAUCUGAGAAGAAUACAGCUGAUUUAGCUAUGGGCAAUAAGAACAUCGAUUUAGAACUGAUUGGUAGCCAGGCUGAAGGCAUCUUUGGUAGUAGUGAGGAGUGUGCGGUCUUAGAUCUGGAUGGUCACGGUGGUAGGACUUUCUUGAGAGUGCUGCUGCAUUUAACCAUGCACGACUAUCCACCUUUGGUGUCUGGAGCUUUGCAUCUUCUCUUUAGGCAUUUUAGCCAACGACAAGAAGUUCUUCAGGCUUUCAGGCAAGUACAACUACUUGUUUCCGACAGCGACGUGGAAUCUUAUAAGCAGAUCAAGCAAGAUCUGGACGUGCUUCGACAAUCGGUAGAGAAAUCAGAAUUGUGGGUAUACAAAUCAAAAUGUGUCGAGGACGCUUCGAUUAAGAAGAGCAAAGACGAAGAAGAGGAAACGACGUCGCGAAAAUCACCUCCGAUCAGCGCCAUUGAGAAGAAAGGAUCUGCGAUUAAUUUAGACGUUGGACCUCUUCUGCAUCCAGAACAAGCGGCGGAAUAUAAAAAAAUACAGCAAAUCCUAAUCAGAAUGAACAAGCUAUGUACUCAGGGUUCUCCGGCAAACUUAAUCAAGCCAAGAAAACACGAGCAAAGGCUGUUGAGGAACGUUGGUGUUCACACGGUUGUUCUGGAUUUGCUCCAAAUACCUUACGACGAGAAAGAGGAUAUUAGAAUGAAUGAAUUGAUGCGCCUAGCUCAUGAAUUCUUACAGAAUUUCUGCCUGGGCAACCAACAGAAUCAAGUGUUGCUCUACAAACAUUUAGACCUCUUCUUAAAUCCAGGAAUUCGCGAAGCCCAAACUGUUUGCGCUAUUUUCCAGGAUAACUCGACUUUGUGCAAUGAAGUGAACGAGAAAGUUAUACAGCAUUUCGUUCAUUGUAUUGAAAGCCAUGGUAGGCAUGUGCAAUAUUUAAAGUUUUUACAGACUAUUGUGAAAGCUGAGAAUCAGUUCAUUAGGAAAUCGCAAGAUAUGGUUAUGCAAGAAUUAAUAAAUUCGAGCGAAGACGUGUUAAUUUUCUAUAACGACAAGGCUUCAUUCAAUCAUUUCAUCGAAAUGAUGAGGUCGGAGAGGCAUAGCAUGGAUGAUGGUAGUCCACUACGGUACCACGUAGAACUGGUCAAGCUGCUCGCCUGCUGCACCAUGGGCAAGAACGUCUACACGGAGAUCAAGUGUCACAGCCUGUUGCCGCUGGACGAUAUUGUGGCAAUGGUUACCAAUCCUGAUUGCAUUCCAGAGGUGAAGGAAGCCUACGUAGGUUUCCUAAAUCACUGCUAUAUAGACACAGAGGUCGAGAUGAAGGAGAUCUACACAUCAAACCACAUGUGGAGUCUAUUCGAGAAGUCAUUUUUGGUUGAUAUGGCGGACAUUGCGACCGCCCCCAUCGAUCGUAAACACCCGGACAAAGCAUUGGAAAAUUACGUAACCAACGGCGUUAUGAAUAUCAUUUCUACGUUUUUCAGCAGCCCCUUCUCAGAUCAAAGCACCACGGUUCAGAAACAUCUGCAUGAAGCAAGGGUAUUUUGGAGUGAUUCAACUAUGGAUGACUACGAUCCAUUUACAUCUAACGCACCUCUAAAAUAUUCGCCAUUCCCGUGUAACACACGACAACCGAUUUUUGUGCAAUUGUUGCAAUCAGCAUUUAGGGUUUCCCAGUGCCCAUGGCUAGCCGCUUCGCAACGCUUUAAUGUUGAAAAUUGUAUCCGUACAUUAUCAGAAGUUGCAAAAAAUAGGGGGAUUGCAAUACCUUUGGAUUUAGAGAGUCAAGUUACCAGUAUGUUUGAUAAAGCCUCUAUAUUAAGUCGCCAAACUAGUAAAUGGCUUCAAGCUUCGAAGAUGCCAAAAAUUGAAAGAUCGCAAUCACAGUUGAUGAGGCUUGACAGGAGCAUCAUUGAGGGUUUGCAGGACAUCGUAUCAUUGCUUGAAGACCAGUUGAAACCUCUGGUACAAUCCGAAUUAUCGUUGUUGGUUGACGUAUUGUACAGGCCAGAAUUACUAUUUCCUGCCGGUACAGAGUCUCGGAAGAAGUGCGAAAGUGGUGGUUUCAUUAGGCGCUUAAUUAAACAUACUGAGAAGUUGCUCGAGGAAAAGGAGGAGAAGCUGUGCGUCAAAGUACUGCGAACGCUCAGGGAAAUGAUGGCCAUUGAUCCGGAGUAUGGCGAGAAGAGCGAGGAAAAGUCGGAAACGAAUGAAGUGGGCGACGUGCUCAGAAACAGCCUACUCACCAGAUACUUCGGCAAGUCUUUCAUGCCUAAGAACGAGGUUGAAAUUACCACCAUUCAGGUAUCCACCGUGAUGCAUGGACCUGGAGCUAAAAUAUUAAGUCGAGCGGGUCGCACUUUACACGAAGUUCAGACCCACUUGGACAAGGAAGGAGCUUCUGAUUUAGUUGUUGAGUUGGUUAUAAAAUCGGUGCAUUCACCUUCUAUUUUCGGGGAAGCUGUGGAAUUAGGUAUAGCGUUGCUGGAAGGCGGAAAUCCGAUAAUCCAGAAGAGCAUGUUCAAUAAGUUACUUGGGGGAGACCUUAGUCAAUCAUUUUUCAAAGUUUUCUAUGAUAAAAUGAGGGAUUCCCAGCAAGAAAUUAAGUCAACUGUGAGCGUGAACACGUCAGAUAUGGCUGCGAAAGCUCACGAGGAUAAACAGGAGAGUAAAGAUAUGGAUAAACUGUCGCGAAGACAGGGUGGGAAAUCUAAUGGUAUUUUGAUAAGCGAAGAAUUAAGGGAUGAGCUUAAUAGGGCGGCGGAGUCGACUUCGCAAACGUACGCGCAUAUUAGAAGCAUGGGAGCUAGUGAUGAUAACAGUGUAAUGAUAGCUGGAGCAGUGUCUGCCUUUGAAGAUAUGUUAGCUGAGAAGCUAGAGAAGCACCGUGAACGGGAGGAUCAAAACAGCUUAUCUACUAAAGUGUUAAUCAUGCAGCCGAUCCUGCGAUUCCUGCAGCUUCUAUGCGAAAAUCACAAUCCAGCUCUGCAGAACCUGCUGCGUAAUCAAAACAACAAAACUAAUUACAAUCUGGUAUCUGAAACGCUGAUGUUUUUGGACUGCAUUUGCGGUUCGACGACAGGCGGCUUAGGCUUGCUGGGGCUUUACAUUAAUGAAAACAAUGUGUCUUUGAUUAAUCAAACGUUGGAAACGCUCACUGAGUACUGCCAGGGCCCGUGUCAUGAAAACCAAAACUGCAUUGCGACGCACGAAUCUAAUGGCCUUGACAUCAUAACGGCCUUGAUCCUGAAUGACAUUAACCCUCUAGGGAAGUCGAGAAUGGAUCUAGUCCUUGAACUGAAAAACAACGCAUCAAAAUUGUUGUUAGCAAUAAUGGAAAGUCGCGGAGAUAGUGAGAACGCGGAACGAAUACUAUACAAUAUGAACCCUAAGCAGUUGGUGGAUGUGGCGUGCCGCGCAUUUCACCAGGAAUCAUUGGAUGACGAAGAUGAUGAUGAUGACGAGGGAAACGGGGAUGAUGCGGUGUCUCCUCGGGAAGUGGGUCAUAAUAUUUACAUUCUUUGCCAUCAAUUAGCUCAACACAAUAAGGAAUUAGCGGCUUUGCUCAAACCAAUAGACGGCGGGAACGAUCCUAAAACUCAUCAGGCUCUGAUCUACUAUGCGACGCACACAGCUCAAAUAGAAAUCGUUCGUCAGGAUCGCACUCUGGAACAGAUCGUUUUCCCCAUACCGGAGAUAUGUGAGUACAUAACUACCGACACAAAGUACAAGAUCUUAACGACGGCGGAGCGUGAUGACCAAGGAUCCAAAGUGGCCGAGUUUUUCGAUAGGACUGAUGCUAUGUUCAAUGAAAUGAAGUGGCAAAAGAAGCUGAGGGAUUUUCCAGCCCAACAGUUCCUGUACAAAGUCAGUAACUACAUGUCGCUGUGGAGCAACAUCCUAUUCAACUGCGCGGUAUUGAUUAACUUAAUAGUUGCUAUAUUUUAUCCGUUCAACGACACUGUGCCAACAAACAAUCUUGUAGCUAAGUUGGGUCCGACGGGAUCUAUUCUGAUCUGGUUAGCAAUGACCUGUUCAGGGGCAAUUGUAUUCACAUUGCCCAGGGAGACUGGCAUAAGGACAUUUGUUGCUUCGACGAUAUUGCGACUUAUAUUUUCUUUGGGGCCGGAGCCUACUUUAGCACUCUUAGGGACUUUGACUGUCUUUCUGAAGGGCAUACAUCUAGUCAGUAUAAUGGGUAAUCAUGGUACGCACACAAAAACAUACCAGCAAAUCCUAACCGAUGCCGAGCUACUCUACCACUUAGCCUAUUUAGUCUUCUGUAUGCUGGGGCUGCUAAUGCAUCCUUUCUUCUUCUCGGUUCUGCUGUUCGACGUCGUCUACCGGGAGGAAACUUUGCUCAACGUUAUAAGAUCAGUCACGAGGAAUGGAAGAUCGAUCAUAUUAACUGCCGUCUUAGCUCUAAUUCUUGUUUAUAUGUUCUCCAUUAUUGGCUACAUGUUCUUUAAAGACGACUUCUUGGUGAGCGUUGACGGCGACGACGACGAUAGUUCGCAUGCCAAUAAACCUGUAGACGAGUUUAGUUGCGAAUCAGUGGCCGAUAAGUACAGUAAAACGGGAAGCAGCCAUGAGCAAUUGCAUUGCCAUAGAGAAGUCAAAGAGCGAGCCUGUGAUUCCCUAAUCAUGUGCAUAGUGACUACUUUAAACCAAGGUUUGAGGAACGGGGGUGGUAUUGGUGAUAUUCUUAGGGCUCCCAGCAGCGCGGAAGGUUUAUUUGUGCCACGAGUUGUUUAUGAUCUCUUGUUUUAUUUCAUUGUUAUUAUUAUUGUACUUAAUUUAAUUUUUGGUGUCAUCAUUGACACCUUUGCCGAUCUGAGAUCUGAGAAGCAGCAGAAGGAGCUCAUUCUGAAGAACACCUGCUUCAUUUGCGGUUUGAAUCGUUCCGCGUUCGAUAAUAAAACCGUAAGCUUCGAGGAGCACAUAAAAUGCGAACACAACAUGUGGCAUUAUUUGUACUUUAUAGUCCUGAUUAAGGUGAAGGAUCCAACAGAGUUUACGGGUCCCGAGAGCUAUGUCUAUGCUAUGGUGAAAGCGGUAAACCUGGAUUGGUUCCCGCGUUUGCGCGCCAUGUCCUUGGCAUCCGUCGAGGGUGAUGGAGAGCAGAUCGAACUUAGGAGUCUUCAGGUACAGCUGGAAACGACGCAGACCCUGGUCCAGACCCUCUCGCAGCAACUGAUGGAGCUGAAGGAUCAAAUGGCCGAGCAACGCAAGCAGAAACAACGCAUCGGACUCCUGAAUUCGGCCUCAGCGUACUUACAUACGAACAACGCGUCUUAGAUCACACAUCUAGUUGUACCUUUCUUCGAAUCAUUCGGACGAAUGGCACACAUUAACACUGAAUGUUAUACAGAUUCUUUUUUUGUAGUAGUAUUGCGGCAAUACUCAUAAAUAACAUAGCGUACGUAGACGACGAAAAUCUAGUUGCUCACGUGUUAUCAUAUCUCCCGUAUCUCUAAUCAAAUUACUUUGUCGUGGUUUUAGGGUGGGUGUCUCGUUAUUACUGUGUUUCUUAUUUUAUUUUUUUUUCUUAAAUUUUAUUCUUUUCAUAGACGCACGGAGAGAUGGGUUUUUUAAUUACACUGUACUUUUAUUUUAUCCAUAUCGAUUCAUGUCACCCAUUUAUCUCUUUUUGUCUCUCGAAAUUGGAUGUUGUAUCGAUUUGUUGUUUAAUGAAAGAAAUCUCUACCACAUAGCGCAAGGGAACAAACAGUUGUUCUCUAUAAAUAUAUCUCUCUCGUUCUAUCUUCAUUUGAACCAAACAAAAAGUAUGACCAAACAGUGGUCAUACCGCCCUAUCAAAAGGAAAACGUAUUGUCGAUUUGUUAAAAGCCAUAUAAAUUUUAUUGAAUAAAUUUUAAAACAUAUACCGAGCCGAUAAGUUUUCUUUAAUGAAACCAGAAAUAGAAUAGGGUGGGAUGAAUAGCGAACAUUGGCAAACACGUGCAUGUAGUGACACGCGGGGAGAGGGUGAGAGAGAUGUAUAGUAGUGAGACAGUGGAGUUGGGAUGGAUGCUGUAUUGAUUCGUUUCGCGAAAUAGGACGACAUUUAAGCCUACUCCAAAUGAAAAUAAUUAACGGCAUAUUUCAUGUUUAUGUAUUUCGCGAUGAUCCUAUUAUAAUGCAUACAAUAAGACAAGUAUAGAGCUCUACUACAAGGCGACAGAACGAAAAGCAUUGAUACAUUUCGCGAUCCUUUCGAAUAGUCAAAUUGUUAGGGAUAAUAGUCCUUUUUAUAUAAUAAUAAUAAUGAUAUAUAGAUAUAAUAUAAUAAUAUAAAUGAAUGUAUUGAUUCCGUAGACUUAAUAGACUAAUUACUGAUAAUGUUGUAUCAAACACAGGGUUUAUUUUUCAUGUUGAUAUAUAUAAGCUAGAUGAAAUGGAAUUGUUAUAUACACAUAGAUAGAUUUUAAUGAUUUUAUUUUGUAAUUUCUUUGUUGUCUUCUUUUUUUUGUAAAAGUUAUUGGACAGUUUUUCUUUCAUGUUUUUUUUUGUGGAAUGCUGGUCCAGUGCUGAAACACAUGGCAUUAAACACUUUCUGAAAACGAAA